AUGGACACCGUGCUGACCCUCACAGCCCUUCAGGUCAUGAAGACAUUCUUAUUUCUCUUUGCUGUUUUCUUCUUUCUUGACCCAGCCAAGAAUGCAUUUUUCGAUGAGAAGUGCAGCAGGAUUAAUGGGAGAUGCACAGAAUCUUGUCUGAAGAAUGAAGAACUCAUUGCUCUCUGCCAGAAGAACCUGAAGUGCUGUGUGACAGUCCAGCCGUGUGGGAGGGACAAGGGCGACGAGUUGGAUGAAGACUCGGGCUACAACAGGACUCGGGGAUGAACUAGUUUUGUCUUUCUGCUGGAAGCAGAUGCUGCAAUGAAAAUAAAUGGCUGCUUUCUUCAUCUUGUCAACUGCUUCUUUCAGAAGGCCAAGAGCAGCUAUCUAAACUGGAUGGUCACUCUGUACUCUUUCCCUAUGGAUUUGGGAGGCAAGCAUCCCAAAGUUCCAAGGUAUUUAUUUCUCCUAAAACAAGGGUACUAGCAUAGCUUAGUUUUGACCA